AUGGGAGACGACAACCACAACCUGCGCGAGGCAUUGGCAUCCCUUGGUCAGGCAUGCCACGAACGACGUGAGGGCCUGCGUCAGAAGCUCACCGACUUGGAAGACCGCUUCGAAUCCAGUUUUGACACUCUCGACCUUCGCCGACGCAUCCCUCGCUCUGCUCUUCCCAUACUCAUCGCUUCUUACGACGACGUUUUCGAUCGUGCGGUCCAAAAUAUCGGCACAAGAAAACGUUCUAAGCUGACUAAAGCCUGUGAUAACUGGCAGAUCUCCCCCCAGACCGCCUUGUUUCAUUUGCACCUCACACCAAGUAGCACACAAGGGAGGCCAUUCUACGACGCUCUCGAGAAGUUGAGCGACUUGCUCCCCGACUGGAACGACGCCCUUCGUCAGCUCUGCGAAGCUGCAACCUGUCGUCGCCGAGACGACACCAGACCGUCCUACCUGAAGCGCCAAACUACUCAAAAAGGCAUCGUGACCUGCGACAUCACUUCAUGUAUUGCUGCACUUCCUGCUACUGCUGCUGCGGCUACUGAGUCUACAGACUCCGUCGAAUCUGGCGAGCCCUUUGAGUCCCCCCAGUCCAUCGAGUCAAAUCCUUCAGACUCAUUUGUGCCCAUCGACGAAGAACAAGACGAAACCACUGACGUCGCUCGUCGUCACGCCGUCCCACGAAAAACAAACGAGCUGGAUCAAACACCACCACGCUCGCUUUCCUCUUUUCUAGACCACUUUUCAUCGCCGCCUUCUGUUAAACCGGACGCCGAAUUGUUCAAUCCCUCGGCUUUGGUGGACAGCGACGAUGAUAUUGAAUUGACGCUCUGCCAGAUUCCACACCCCCCAGAUGACGCUGCGCAGCAAGCCGAACAUUCUUACAGUGAUCACGACGGUUACUGUCCAAACAUUGAGGAUUCGCUCAUCAAAGAUCGCAGAGAGCAGCACGGGGAGCAAGACCAUCGCGACCGAGAGCCCUCCUAUCUACCUCAACAACAUCACCAUCCGUGGGAGAGGUCCGACGACGAACAGCGGCAAGACACCAACGACAGGUACACCAUAGCCCGUUCAAUCACACGCAACCAUCCUCAUCAGAGUCCAACUUUUGUCCAGAACAAAGACAAAGAAAACGAAGUGGACACACUCAGAUUGCACAAAGUCACCUCGUCCGACGCCCAAUUUCCUGUUGUGCUUCCAACCGAUCUGGAUGCAGAGAUGACUAAACGGCCGCAUUCGCCCGCAUCACCAUCGACAACGGAUGUCAUCGAUCUUGAUUCCAAUGUACAAGUGCGAAAGAAGUCCCGUCCGUUCAGAUCGACCAUGCCAGAAGAAGACGUCAACCCCGCAGCUCUUCUACAAGCGGAUACCUGGGUCCGUGGGGAGUGGCUCAACGCGGCAUUAGGCGACCUGCUACAAUGCUUUUGCGAUGUUUCUUUCAUUGAUUCGGCCGAGAUAGGAAGUAUGGGUUCCCGACAGACGUACAAAGCCAAGUCCAAUGUCUUCGAGUGCUUGUCCAACAAUCGCCUGGUUCUCCUACCUCUGUUCGUCGAUGGGAACCACUGGGUCUCGGCGUGUAUCGAGUUUGAAGGGGCUCCCAUGUCUGGUAUCAAGUCAAUGAAAGUGCUCAACUCACUGCCGACCUACACAUCCGAUAUUGCCGCCGAGGAACUCGUCGCAAGUCUAGUCAAGCAAUACAAGCUCGACCAGGGCAACGCCAAGCUGGCCCGCAUGGCAUGUGCCCGUCAAGAAAACACCUCGGACUGCGGCAUUAUGGUCUUGGUCAACUUGCUCACGCUGACUCUGGGGUAUAUGAUACCUGCUUCCGUGAACACGGCUGUGUGGCGUCGGGUUAUGGCUAUUCUUCUGGUCCAAGACCCAAGCGCUAUUUCAAGCUCGGCAGGCGACAUACUCCCCAAGGAUUACAUGGGGAAGGUUAAUGUGAGCGAUGGCCCUGUUCCAAGCGACUAUGAGGAGGCUGUCAAGUGUUGGACCAAGAUGGGCAGCGUCUUACGCAAGGAAAGUCGCCGCCGUCUCUGGGUAUUGAACAAUACGGCCGACGAUUUGGAUCGCACACUUGUCAUUUUUGAUCGUAUCCAUGCAAUGGCGCAGCAGCGGUCGAUACGCAUUAUGCAGGAUGCUAGCGACAUAAGAGUCGAAAAAGACCGUAGGUCAAGCCUCGGGAUCGAGAUUGAUGAUAUAGCAACUCGUCUCACAGCUGCUGACACCAAGCUAAGCCGGCUUAAUGAGACUACUAUAAGACUCGACAUUGUCCGUACUAUGCUAAGUAGUCUCAUCCAGGAUGUUAAAUCGAGGAUUGGUUUGGAGGACAAGGUGAUAAUGGAGGCUUUAAAUAUCCUCAGCCAGAUGGAUCAGCUGACGCUCCAUUUUGACGACAUUGUCAGAGACGCCAGCACUACAGGCAGGAAGUCCGGAAUCGGGCCCGGAGGAUCACUGGUGGACACUGGCAGGAAUUAUGACAGUCCGCACGGGGGAUAA